GGGGGGAGGGGAGGGGGAGGGAACAAGGGGGGCGGGGGGAGGGAACGAAGGCUGCUGCUGCUGCUGCCGCCGCCGCCGCCGCCGCCGCCACCGCCGGCUUUUCCCCCCGUCCCGGUUUAUAUAGCGCAGAGCGUGGAGCCCGCUCAGUGCGCGCGGGCAAGCCUGCGAGUUGCAAGCUGCGCCUUGCUCCGGACUCCCGGUGCCCGAGUGACAGCCGUGGAGCUGGGAGGGGAACGAGGGGGUGGGCGACACGAGACCUCUGGGGGGCCUGGCAGGUACAGGGGGUGCUUCAAGCCGUUGGGCUGCUCCUGCCUGCGGGGAAGGACUGGCUACUUUCUCGGGUCCUUCCUCCGUACCCCGCUCUUUAAACUUGAGUUAAGUUGACAACUCCUCGUCCGGCCGGCCUGCGGGUCCAGGCUCUGCACGGCUCUUGCGGGGCCAGGGCGGUGCGGCCGCCGCCGCAGCAGGAGCAGCAGCCGCAGCCACAGCGGCAGCUGGAAGCAUGAGGGCAGCUUAACGUGUGGCUGUCACCGCAGCUGGACCGGGCGCCCAGGCAGCGACCGGAGCCCGGCUGAGCGCUCCCAGGCGGGCGGCUAGCCAGCAGGAGGCGGCCAAGGGGUGACUGCACCGCCCUGGGGGGGCAACAGCGCCCAACUGGGCAAGGGGGUGGCACAGCCGAGGGCGUGCGGCAGCCUCUGGAGCAGCGGCCGCGCUCCGGUCCCCCCGAAAGUCAGGGAGGCAACUUGGGGGGAGGGGGGAGUUAGGUGUGGGGUCUUUCCUCGGGUCCUUCCUUCCCUCCCCCGGGAGCUCCUAGGGCUCCAAGGAGGGCGGCACUCGGCCACCUCCCGGGGCAAGGAGCCAGGAGGGUCCCGCAGCCCUUCAGCUGCAGGAAAGCAAAAAGGCCGGGGUCGGUCCGUGCGGGUGCUGCUGCUGCCGCGGUCGCGGGGCUGGGCUGGGCGUCGCGAUGAAUAUUGUAGUGGAGUUCUUCGUGGUCACUUUCAAAGUGCUCUGGGCUUUCGUGCUGGCCGCGGCCAAGUGGCUUGUGAGGCCCAAAGAGAAGAGCGUGGCGGGACAGGUGUGCCUGAUCACCGGGGCCGGCAGCGGCCUGGGCCGCCUCUUCGCCCUGGAGUUCGCCCGGCGCCGGGCUCUGCUGGUUCUGUGGGACAUUAACACCCAGAGCAACGAAGAGACGGCGGGCAUGGUGCGCCACAUCUACCAGGACCUGGAGGCAGCUGAUGCCGCUGCCCUGCAAGCUGGAAACGGUGAGGAAGAAGUUCUACCUCCCUGCAACUUACAGGUUUUUACCUAUACCUGUGAUGUGGGAAAAAGAGAGAAUGUCUACCUGACAGCUGAAAGAGUCCGGAAGGAAGUUGGAGAGGUGUCAGUCCUGGUUAAUAACGCUGGUGUGGUCUCUGGGCAUCAUCUCUUGGAGUGCCCUGAUGAGCUUAUUGAGAGAACCAUGAUGGUCAAUUGCCACGCGCAUUUCUGGACCACUAAAGCUUUUCUUCCUACAAUGCUGGAGAUUAAUCAUGGUCACAUUGUGACAGUUGCAAGUUCCCUAGGAUUGUUCAGUACUGCUGGAGUUGAGGAUUAUUGUGCCAGCAAAUUUGGAGUCGUGGGUUUUCAUGAAUCCCUGAGCCAUGAGCUAAAGGCUGCUGAAAAGGAUGGAAUUAAAACGACAUUAGUUUGUCCUUACCUUGUAGAUACUGGCAUGUUCAGAGGCUGCAGAAUCAGGAAAGAAAUUGAGCCUUUUCUGCCACCUUUAAAGCCAGAUUAUUGUGUGAAACAGGCCAUGAAGGCCAUCCUCACAGACCAGCCCAUGAUCUGCACCCCUCGCCUCAUGUACAUUGUAACUUUCAUGAAAAGCAUCCUACCUUUUGAAGCAGUUGUCUGCAUGUAUCGGUUCCUAGGAGCAGACAAGUGUAUGUACCCCUUCAUUGCGCAAAGAAAACAAGCUACAAACAAUAAUGAAGCUAAAAAUGGAAUUUAAGAAUUUUUUGUCCAGAUUGUCAUUUGGAGCUGAAGAUGAUCAAAAUGUUUGAAGAUGAUGCACAUCAGCAUCUACCCUGACAUUUUCUGGAUCUUAAGCCUGUGCGAACUUUUACAAAUCAAACUUUUUUUUUAUAUAGACUGUAAAUUAACUGACUAGAGUACUUGGAAAAUGUGAUAGGCAAAAAUGAACUUAAGUAGCUGCCAACAGUGUCCUUUAGUUAGGACAUUAAACCAGUCAAUGUUUUUUAUAGAAAUGCACUGUGUGCCAUCUUCAGACUAUCAUUGUUGUUAAAAAUGAAGAGAAAGUCUAGAGAUGGUAACUUUGGUGUAUUUCAGGUGUGUUUUUCUUCAAAAUCUCUCCAGGAUUUAUAAAUUCAUGCAGUUGAGAACACCUUUCAGCCAACUUUUUGCAACUUAAAAGAAUGAUGGCAGUACUAUUCUCCUUACUUGUACCCAUUAGCCCCGAUUUGCAAAGUGGUGGUUGGGCUGUUUUCAUAUAUGCAUGUAUCUUCAACUGUCUGCAAAACCAAUUUUUCAAUCUCCACCUAUUCAAAGCUAAAAUAAUGUUCUUGAGUGUUAUGGUAGAAAGCUGAACAGGUCUCUUCUGUUAAAAGUUACAAUAAAUUUUCUAAGCCUAAUUCCAAAUUUUAUAUUUGAAAAACUUUAUUAGGUAUCUAGCCAUCACUCUGGAGACCUAGCUGUUUAGGAAAACUUUACAUUUUUCUACCUAUGAAUUUUGCUGCAUAAAGUGUCCUUCCCCCAGGAAGUUGCUGUAUUUCUAUUUCUUUACCUGGACUCAUACCUAAAGUACAUAGCAGCUCAAUAAAGCAACAGUUUAUAUAAAAUGCCCAUUUUUGUGCCAACUAUGAUUAGUAAGGAAAAAACCUUACUCUAUGGAGUGUGAAAGGGUGUAAAGAUUCUUUCAGAAGUUUUAUUCAAAUUGUAGAACAGCAGAUGACAUUUUUACAGUAUUUUUUUGUAAAGCAAACUAUUUUGUGCCUUGAAUUUGGUAUCUGUGUAUUAGUGAAACAUUGUAAAAGUGAACUUCUACCUCUGUAUCUAAAUGUGUACCAUUCACUUGUAAAUUACUAUAAACUAUUCUGUGAUUACUUUUUUAGAAUGUCUCGUUUAAAUAGUGACCAAUGUCUAUGGCUAUUAAAGAGAGCCAUCUUUUAUUAAAUGAUUGGGAAGUUUUGUAAGAGACUGAUUAAAUUGAAAGAACUAACUUCCAGAUAA